UCUCCCUGCGAGAUUAUCGGAAAUAAUUUAAUCUAGAGGUUUUUGUUGGUUUGUUUGUUUUUAGCCAUGUUGUAGUAAUAAUAAUUAUAAUAUAAAAUAAUUGAAUAUAAAGUAUCAGCGUCGGCAGAUGAUCGGUCCUUAUGAAGAUGUUAGGUUUGGAGGUGCAGGACUGUUGUGUGGCGGUGAUGAGCAGCAGUUCAGGAGGUCCGGGUCCGAGUCGGGCGUCGUCUCCUCCCGGCCGCCUGCUGCGACUCUGCGGUGUUCCAGGCUACGAGCAGCACCGCAUGAACGACGUCUUACUCCUGCGGCCUGAGCCGAGAGAAACUCAGGCGACUCGAAACGAAAAUGCACACGUCGUGUUUUUUCCCGGAGAUAUACAGAACUUCCAUCAAGAGAUGGCUAUGCAGCCUGAUGCAUCUCCAUGGGUCUCAUUCAGUCUGGAGAGAGUAGCUUUAUCACUGGGUGUCCGCUUCCCAGGUCAGCACGUGUGGCUUGUGCGUCCAUCACAGCUCCACCUGCACAAGUUCAGCUGCUACACCAACUUUGUUUCCUGCGACAUGUUCGGCGCACCUAAACACUCUCCUGACUAUGGAGCCGUGCGCCACUUGCGAGCCCUCUUGAGCCAUGCUAUGGAGCGAGCGGCAAUCGCCAAACCUUUGCCACCACUAGGAGGUGCUUCAGUGCCCUGUCCUCUGCCUAAAGGCUUCUCGCUCACUUUAGUUGGCUUCAGUAAAGGCUGUGUGGUGCUGAAUCAGAUGGUACACGAGCUGGCGUCAGCCCGCACCGACCCAGAGCUGAGGCAGUUUCUGGACAGCAUCUCUGACAUUUACUGGCUGGACGGCGGACACCCAGGCACCGGGGACACGUGGGUGACAGAUAAGUGGGCGUUGACUGAGUUGGCAUCUAGUGGAAUAGCUUUGCACACUCACGUCACUCCCUAUGAAGUUUGCGACCCCGCGAGGGCGUGGGUGGGACGUGAGCACCGGUUCUUCGUAAAGACGCUGGAAGAACUCGGUGCCCGCAUCACACAAACCCUCCACUUCGAGGAUGAGCCAGCGUGCAUCGCUAACCACUUCCGGGUCAUCGAGGAGUUCUGAGAGUUACUUGAUUACAGCUUCAACUGACUACAAGCUUUUACUCAAGUCUAAAGCUUUUACACAGACUGUAUUUCUGCCUCUUUGGUCUGCAGUCACAGUUCCAGUGUCUUACAUUUGCUUCUCAAACUAAAACUGACACAAAAUAUUUUUUGUUCUGCUUCUUAAUGAUGAGCCAUGUCUUAGUAUAAUUUUAGACAUAACGUGUGUUAUUCAUAAUAAUGCUCAAUGUUUACACUGAGAAACAUGGACGCCAGAAAGACCUGGAUGGACACCUGGAAGAUGAAUGUUUCCUCUUUUUAGAAACAAUGUCCAAAUCGUGUGGCCAUGUAUUUAAUUUUUUUUUUGAUGAUGUUCUGUCACGUUAGAAAGCAGUUAUCACAAAGUGUGUAGCACAAACGGGUGGAGAAAUGAUACAAGCAAGUAAAUGCUUCAAUUUCACAUGGUUUGCUUUCCUGGAAACCUAAUUGGCUAAAAAUGGUAGCUAAUAUAAACAAACGUAUCUUAUAACGCACAUCACGUUUCAUCAUUAGGCAAUGUUUCAGUCAGAACAGACUUUCUAUAUUAACAUGUUUCUAAAUAAGGUAACAUUUAUUUAUUUAGAGUAGGAGGAGUUAAAAAAAUGGCAACCUCUUCACUUCAAAUCACAUCACAUCACAGUGUGUAAUGUUUCUGCAUGUACAAAAUCAACACAUUUCUCCAUAUCAUAUCCGACUCAAAUACAAAUGAAAUACUAAUAGAUCAGACACACGUGUUUGGCCCAGGUUUCUGAUCUGUCCACUCCUGUUUAACCUAAUGUUUACAAUCAACACUGAUAAUUUUGUGCUUUAGUAGAAAGUAUGAAAUAUUCCAGUUCGCCUGUAAUGAACACCUGCUCGGCUAUGCACUAGGUUCCUAUUGAACUUUUCCGCUCGGCUGCAGCGCACUUAUGUCGCCAUUCCAUGACGUUUGUUCUGUUGUGUUUGUACUUAAUAAAGUAAUGCUAAGCUACAA